CUUGUUCUCCAUCUUUCUUCUCCAAAAACUAAAGCCGCCCUGUAUUGUAAUCUUCUAUUUUCCUGUCCACCUAACACACUUCCUUUCUUGCCCACAAGUCGAGUAUCCAAACGCACGAUGCAAGUCUUUUUCCGAACCUCCAAUGAGCGCCUUGUUUCUAGACAGCUCCUCGACACGCUUACACUAGACGAUUUCAUCAAGACUGCGGGCGAUGUGUUGGGGUCCACCAGCCGUCACGAGAUUCUAAGCUGGCGAUACGCAGUCGGCGGCAAACCUCUCGAUGUGAAGCAUGCAAGUGAGUUUGAUAGGCACAGGCAGUACAUCACUAAAGAUUGCAUCAUCUUUGUGAUGGGUCGUCUACUUGGAGGAUCUACUUUUCCGGACACGCUUCAGAUCAUUGUUGAGCAGCAGCUUGAGGACGAGCUAGACAAAGUGGCCACACAUUCUACCGAUUGUUCGAUAUGCUUUGACACUGACACGGACUGUCUUAGAGUGUGCUGCGCAUGGAUGUGCAGAGAGGACUUCAAGAGCUGGCUACUGGGCAAGCAGUUCAAGGUGUCUUGCAUAUUGUGCUCCAAAGCAAUUAUGCUUAAAGACAUCUUCAAGACACCAGAAUAUAUUGCAACUGUAGAGGCUCUCGAGGAUGAAAAGCAGCUACUGCGGAACAUGGAUUGCCAGCGCUGCCUCGACUGCAAUGCGCUUAUGCACAACGAAACCAUGUGGUCGUGUCAGACGUGCGCCAAGUGUCUCCGCGUGUUCUGUUUCUUCUGCAACCGCAACUGGAAUGCCAUGACAAUGCGCAACAGCCAGAACACAUGUGGCAAGGAAUGUGUCUACGAGACCAUGCUCUCUUUCCAACUUGUACCCUUCCACUACAAGAAAGACAUGGAGAUCCCGAGUCGACGUACAUGUCCCCGGUGUUUCAACUUCGGCUCGUAUGAUGGCAAAUGCAAGUACCACGCCUGCACAGUAUGCAAAUUCACGUUUUGUUUUCUGUGCCUCGAAGAGGAGGAGGAGUGCAAGAGAACACACAAGUCCUCAUACGACCAUGCCUGCGUCCGCGCGCCCAUCCCUCAGACCUACCGCAUGUUCCCACAGCUGGUUUCACAGUGAUAUGAUCCUCCGAUGUCUACUUAUGCUGGUUUAUAACAUGCACUAUAUUCAGCAGCAGUGUUUCUGAAACUUCAGUACUUACGAAUAAACCACUGC